UGAAAACUUAAUCACAUGCCCCCCUUAAAUUCAUUGCCCUACAAUAUAAUUUAUUUUUCUCCAACUCUAUUUAUUCACAUCAAACACUUUAGCCACUCCCUCACAACUCCUCCUCCGAAACACGAUUUUCCGGAAAAAGAAAAAAGAUUAAUGAAUAAUUUGGCACUUUUAUUAGUGGGAAUUUUCUCAUUGGCUGAAUCUGCAUACGGGUAUUAUGGGGGCUGGAUCAAUGCUCAUGCCACCUUCUAUGGAGGAGGCGAUGCUUCUGGAACAAUGGGAGGGGCGUGUGGGUAUGGAAAUCUGUACAGCCAGGGUUAUGGGACAAACACAGCAGCAUUAAGCACAGCUUUGUUUACGAAUGGAUUAAGCUGUGGAGCUUGUUUCCAGUAAGUUUGUGCUAAUGACCCACAGUGGUGCCUACGUGGUAGGGUACCUUGCCGGAGAAGGGGUGGGAUUAGGUUCAGCAUCAAUGGGCACUCCUAUUUCAAUCUCGUACUCAUAACCAACGUCGGAGGCGCCGGCGAUGUAAACUCGGUGUACAUCAAAGGAUCAAGAACCACGUGGCAACCAAUGUCUAGAAACUGGGGGCAAAAUUGGCAAAGCAACUCUUACCUCAACGGACAAAGCCUUUCUUUCAAGGUCACCACGAGCGAUGGCAGAACACUCGUCUCGUACAACGUUGCCUCUCCGAACUGGUCGUUUGGUCAGACGUUCACCGGCGGUCAGUUUCGCUAAGGGAGUUAGUUAACCAUGGUUAAUGACACUCUAUAUAGCAUGUUGCAUUGCAUGCAUGCACCAAGAAUUGAUUAAUAUAUUAUUUAUAAGUUUAAAAUUGUAACUUAUAAUAAUAUUAUAAUACAUAUGAUCUAGUUUAGCUGGAAGUUAAUUCUUGGAUGAUACUAUAAAGGGAUUUUUUUUAAGGAGAGCCCCUUGUCCUUAAUUUGGACCAUUAGUAAUUUAAUUUCGAGCAAAUGUGUGUCUGUGUGUAAAAGUCAAUAUGAACAAUUCUUGUUUGUAAAGAAGAGAAUCUCAGAAUGAGAUUGUCUGAGAGAAAUUGUGUAAAAGUGGAUGGGCAAAUAUAUGUAUUAAGUUACUUAAUUACUCUCUC